AUGUCGUUAUUCCCAAAAUCUUUUAUCACCAACGACCAAACACCCUUUUCGUCGCUCUCAUACUUGUUCGAUGGGAUUGAUGAAUAUUCUCGCGGUCAGAGCUUCUUCCGAGAAUCUGAUAUCGAGACAUUUACCCCGAACUUUGACGUUAAAGAACUUGGAGAUGCUUACGAGCUUCAUGGCGAGCUACCCGGCAUUGAACAAAAAGAUGUUGAAAUAGAGUUCACCGAUUCCUCGACUAUUACUAUCAAGGGUAGCGUUGAACGCAGUUACACCAAAAGUGAACCUUCCUCAGAAAAGAGUGAUUCGGGUUCCCAGAAUCAGAUGAAAAACACUCAAUCCAAAAACUCUGGGAAAUUCUGGGUUAUGGAGCGGAACGUGGGUGAAUUCUCAAGGACAUUUAGUUUUCCGGCUAGGGUUGAGCAAGAUGGCGUCAAGGCUUUCAUGAAGAACGGUGUUCUAAGUGUUCGCAUACCAAAAUCCAAACAGCAUGAGAAUCGCAAGAUUAGAAUUAGCUAG